UUGCAGAAGAGACAAACGUGUAAAAUCAGCUGGUUGAUUUAGUAAAAAAGAAUAUCUACAUAGCAUGUCCCUCGCAUUCCAUUUCUAACUGUUAACAUAUUUUCUGAAACUGGGGCUUUUCUUGCGGUGCAUGUCCCCUCGCAUUCCAUUUCUCGCCAUGGAUUCUUCUCUUCCCCUUCAUGUUGACGGUGCUGACAAAGGUUUUAAUUGCGAUGCUGAGAAAGGGAAUUCUUCGAGUGCUUUCCCCAGCGAGGACUGGAAGCAGAAAUUAAACAUGCUUUUGAAUGAUCAGAGUAAGCAAGAGUUGGUCUCAAGGGAGAAAAAGGAUCGGCGUGAUUUUCAGCAAAUAGAGACUUUGGCGAGCAAAAUGGGGUUGUAUAGCCAUAUGUAUGCGAAGGUGGUUGUUGUCAGCAAAGCCCCUCUUCCAAACUACAGAUAUGAUUUGGACGAUAAACGCCGCCUUAGGGAGGUGAACCUACCUACUACUCUGUUAAGGCAAGUUGAUGGAUAUCUUCAAGAAUACCUAACCCAAAAGUCAAGAAGGAAGGAAAACUUUUCCAAUUUGUGGUGUGCAACACCAGCCGACAGCGGUGGUACAGAUGAAGGGCUUUUUGAGCCACCUAAGUCACUAUCAUGCAGCAGGGCUGUAGUGGAUAAAUUUCUUUGUCAGAGAAGUUCACAAAUGCGUGAUCAGCAAAGAACUUGGCAGGAAUCUCCAGAUGGAAGAAAGAUUCUGGAAUUUCGUAGCAGUCUACCUGCUUAUAAAGAGAAGGAAGCAAUAUUAUCAGCCAUAUCAAGGAAUCAGGUACUUAUCAUUUCGGGUGAAACAGGUUGUGGAAAGACAACACAAGUUCCACAAUUUAUCCUAGAAUCUGAGAUAGAAUUAGUUCGUGGAGCUGUGUGUAAUAUCAUUUGCACACAACCAAGACGCAUUGCAGCAAUUUCUGUUUCUGAAAGAGUUGCCUUUGAAAGAGGAGAGAAAUUGGGUGAAACUGUUGGAUAUAAAGUUAGACUUGAAGUCAUGCAAGGGAGAGAUACCCAUCUUCUCUUCUGCACCACAGGCAUCUUAUUAAGAAGAUUACUAGAUGAUAAAAAAUUAAAAGGCAUAACUCAUAUUAUUGUUGAUGAAUUUCAUGAGCGGGGAAUUAAUGAAGAUUUUUUGCUUGUUGUUCUUAAAGAUCUUCUAGCUUUCAGGCCAGAACUGAAACUGAUUUUAAUGAGUGCUACCCUUGACGCUGAGCUCUUCUCUUCAUAUUUUAAUAAUGCUUCAACUAUGAAGAUUCCGGGUUUUACCUAUCCUGUCAGAACUCAAUUUUUGGAGGAUAUUUUGGAAAUCUCGGGCUACAGAUUGACUCCUGACAAUCAAAUUGAUGACUAUGGUCCAGAAAGGAUUUGGAAAAUGAACAAACAGUUGCCAGGAAAGAGGAAAAGCCAAUUAUCUUCUGCUUUGGAGGAUGUGUUAAGAGCUGCUGAUUUCAAUUAUUACAGUCCGCAAACAAGUGAGUCUUUGUCUUGUUGGAAUCCUGACUUUAUUGGUUUUAACCUCAUACAAUAUAUACUGUGCAAUAUAUGUGAGCAUGAAAGACCAGGUGCCAUUUUAGUUUUCAUGAUUGGAUGGGAUGAUAUAAAUGCUCUGAAGGAGAAGCUCCUAACACAUCCUGUCUUGAGUGAUCCAAACCGAGUUUUGUUGGUGAUGUGCCAUGGCUCAAUGGACAGUUUGGAGCAGAGGUUAAUCUUUCAAGAACCUGAAGAUGGAGUACGGAAAAUAGUGCUAGCAACAAAUAUUGCUGAAACGAGUAUCACAAUCAAUGAUAUUGUUUUUGUUAUCGACUGUGGGAAGGCAAAAGAAUCAUCAUAUGAUGCAUUGAAUAACACAUGUUGUUUGCUUCCUACUUGGAUUUCUAAGGUUUCAGUUCAACAAGUAAGAUUAUAUUAUUAUGUUGUCAUUGUCAGUAAUGAUUGUUUCUAACAUGUUCUACAUUACUUGAAAGCAUUUUUUAUUAUUGAUGUCGCUUAUGGAACACUGGGUUCAUUUAUUCAAUUAACUUUUGAUUUAGAAAACUUUGGAAAAACUGUUUAUUAUCAGUUUAGUUGGACGAGUGCUGAUUAGAAGGAGUGGUUGGCAUUAUGCUAGGGGUUCAUAGGCUAUGUGGUGGGUAUGGUC